UGAUGGUGACCCGCUCAUUGAUCGACGUGUGCAUGACUCCGUGGCACGGAGCUGAACUGGAACACGUUGCUGUAAAUAAUGAAACACAAGCACAGCUCCUCCUCCUCCCUCCUCCUCCUCGCCUCACUAAGCCGCACGUCCAAUCCGAGCGAGCUCAGCAGAGAGGGGCGCCUCCUCGUGACGAGGAGAGAGGAAGGGAGAGCGUGUGGGGAGGCACAGAGGGGAGAGAGAGGUGGGGGAGAGAGAGAGAGUAGGGGAGAGGCAGAGAGAGAUACCGGAGACCGUGAUGAGCUCAUUGCUCCGCUACAAGUCCACAACAUCCAGUCUCUCCUCGGCGUUCUCUCAAGGAUCCGUCGUCAGCUCGAGUCCGCAGUGGCAGAGUCUGGAUGCGUCCGCGCCCGUGAGCUGCCCCGCCUGUCUGUCGUGCGUCACGUCUCUCCGUUAGGAAGAUGCGCAGAGAUGCGUGAGCAGGAGUGACCGCACUCGCCCAUCCCGCCCGGAUCAUCGGGCGUCCUCACUCCCCCCCGCCCCCUACGGAUCAAGACACCAACGUGCAGGGGCAGCGGCCGGAUCAGAGGUCGUCCCCAUGGCAUCGGACGCCACGGAAACCAAACAGGAAGCGGAGAUGGAGCCAACGGGCGAAGCCCCUUCGAGUGGGAAGCGCCGCUUCCACUUCCGCCAACAGCUGCGGAGGCUCUUCAUGAGGGCCAAGAAGAAACCCAACACCCACAGCGGUUCCGUGACGCUGCUUAACGUCCCAGGCGCUGAUGACAACCCUGACGACCGGCUGGGUGCCCGCGCCAUGUCCCUGGACAGCGUCUUCCAGCCGGACGCGGCGUCCGCCCAGCCCGAGCGGCCGUCCCGCGUGCUGUCCCAGGACAACCUCGCCGGCCGCGUCAGCGCCUUCAAGAAUCAGCUGCUGCGGACGCUGCGCAUCGCCUCCCCGUCCCGACUCAUCCCCAAGCGGCGAGCGACGCCAGAGGGAACGGCGGCGGCGUCGGCAUCCUCCGCGCGGUGGUCGCAGGGCUCCUUGAGAAAAAAUGGGACGCAGUCCUUGCCGAGGGAGCAGGCGCUGGUACCUGAACUGGUGCCGGCGCCUGAUCGGCCCCUGACUCCUGAACAGGGAGGCAGCAGCUGGUGCACGCCGCUCAGCCUGGACGAGCGGCCCACGUUCACGGCGACGCUCGACAACACGGCCGCCAAGCACCGCAUGGCCGUGCGGCCCCGGAACCAGCGCACGGGCGCAAGGCCACGCCGCGCUGCCGACGCGAGUGACGGUGACGGCGCUCUGUCUCCAGCGUCCUCCUUCGGAGAGAGCCCCUCCCUCACCAGCCCGGGAGGCUCGGGCCAAUCACCGAGCGAGAAGCAGCGACCCAAGCGGCCGGCGCUGGUCCCUCCCAGCGCCAAGCGAGCACCGCGCCCCCAGCACGAGCCGGCGCUGCGGGAAGAACCCGACGAGACGCCGAGCGCGGCUCGAUCCCCGGAGCCCCCCGAGUCUCCGGCGAACGACGGCGGCGACGCCGCCGUCGUCACGGCCCUGGAGUCCGGGCAGAGCCUCCGGCUCCCGCGCGUGCGGGCGAAGCCGGCGCCGGGCGCUUCCUCGUCCUCCGACGCCGCCGCCGCCGCCGCCGCCGCCGCCGCCUCCUCGUCCGACGACUCCGAAGCGGAGGGGGCGAACGACGAGCCGGCGACCUACGACCCCAUACGGCUGCCGCGCCCCACGCUGCGGAGCCCCAGUGACGCGGCGCCGGCGGGCGCCGAUGAGGACCGCCGCGGGAAGCUCCCGCACAGGAGCUCGUCGGAGAUCGGAGGCCGCUUGCCCUUCGCGACGGCGCGCAGCAAGUCGCUGCCCAGGGGAUCGGACCACCUCGUCGCGCCGGCGGGGCGGGCCGGCGCUUGCGAUGCCGUGGACGCCGGGGAGGCCGAGGGGCGGGGCGGCACGCGGCAGGGGGGCGGCGGCGGCGUUUCCCAGAAAGUGGCGAAGCGCGGGCGCGCGAGGACUCAGCGCCCCGUCUCGGCCGUGGAGCCGAUGAUCCGCGCCGCCUCCAUGCUCUCGGAGGCGCCGUCGGGCUGGCCGGAGCUUGCCGCGGACGGCGGGGACGGCACGCGCCCGUUCGGGGUCAAGCUGCGCCGCACGCCGCAGUCGCAGUCCUUCUGCCGGCAGCAGCAGCAGCAGCAGCAGCAGGACGGUGGCCGGCUCCGGGCGAGCAGCGAUGGCAUCAAGAGCUUCGGCACGGUGGCCGCCGUGAGGGAGGGCAGCGAGGCCGAGGAGGGGGCGAGCGACUUGGCGCGGUGCGGUGGAGGAAGCAGGACUCCAGGAGCCUCCGAUGUCAGGUCCAAUCCCGACGGGAGCAGCGACCCGUCCGGCUCGGACGACCGCAGCCCCACGGACGGCUCCCCGCCGUGGCGCUCGCUGGCCGAGAGCAAGGCCCGCACGUGGUCCGACCUGGAGCAGCAGGAGACGAUCGCCAUCCUGUGACGACGUGCCGUGGGCGCCCGGGGUUCCGCCGCCGAAUCGCGAGGAGGAGAAGAAGCGGCGAGGGAGGCGGCGGUGCGGCGGAACGAGGCUGAUGGGAGUUGACGUCGGCCAGAUUUUUUUUGUUGUUACCCCCCCCCCCCCCUCCCCCCGACGGUCGCUCCGCUUGCGACCGACGGACAGACGGACGGACGGUGCUCGAUGUGGGGACCCACGUAGCCACCGCCAGCCCCGCGCCGGAGUCGCAUUGAACGUUCGUGAGCUUUUUAGGCCCCUACGGCGAUGCCGCGCGUCUGUCCGCGACGCGGAUUCCCGUCGCGAAACUUCGCGCCCGGGUCGGAACGGAUCGCCGGGAAUCUCCCGGCACCCCCGGAGUUUCCUCGCUCCGGCCGCCGAGCCGGGGAUGCCCGGCAACGCGAGGCCCGUCGGCCCCAACGGUCUCUGCCCCCCCCCCCCACCGACCCGAGUCGUUUACGCUCCCGGUUUCAUUUUAUUUUUCACUGGCCGGAGCAAUUGCCCGCCUUGUUAAACUGGGAAAUAAGAAAAGUCAACAGCAGGAAAGGCAAACAGCGACGGGUGUUUGCUCGGCACGCAGGAGGGCCGCGUGCACGCGGCCCUCCUGCGCUAUCUUAAGACGUCGCGGGCGGUUUCCUUUGCUCGAGUUCGCCGCUCGACUGCUUAAAAAUUUAUGGAGCCCCCCCACGCACGCCACCCCCCCACCCCACCGCGUUUUUGGACGGCCCCAGGGGCUACGAAGUCGCCUGCAUCCCUCGGCACGAAUUGCUUUUGCAUUUUUAAUUCUUGUUGUUUUUUCCGCUGCUGUUGCGCUCAUUUUAUUGUUGUUUUUUUUAAACGAAUAUGCGCGGACGAUGUCGAAGUUGGUGAAGUACAUAACCUAGGGGGCUGGGGGGGGGGCCGAGGUGGGGGGGGGGGUGAAAGCUCCGAGUGGAGGGGUGCAGCGUACGGCUCGUCAGUUAAUUGGUGUAGAGGGCAGAGUGGCUUACAGCUGCCGGCCCCUCUGCUACCCGAGUGGUUUCCACGACUGUAGAAGCUCCGUCACCUUGCUCAAGCGGCUCUCUUCCCGACGUGAAGCCUGGCGAAGAGACCUGGCAAGGGGCCCGAGAGAUCUCCACGCCUCGAGGGUCAUUCGGAAACGGCCAAUUUUUGUGUCUUGGCGACGCUGGCGAGACCACUGUCGCGUCUGACGCCCCCUGUUGUCUGGAGUCCACUUCCUCUGGCCGUCCACGUGGCAGGGCUCAGGAGACCACGCCACGGCUCAGGACUCUUCUCUUCUGCCGACGACUUAACUCCAGGUUUUAUUUUAGCCGGAUCCGUCCCCCCGGCACGGCACGCCCACUAUACAUCUCGCUGUGACUGUGGCGACUACUUAGUCACGUGCCAUCUACCGGUCUACCGACGAAAUAUCCACUGAUUAAUCAAGCCCCGACCGUCUCUCUCCCUCCCUCUGUGUGACGUCCGCUCGUUCACAUUUCAACCGUAACGUCAUCUCAACGCUCCCUCUCCCCUCUCUCUCUCUCCCCUCUCUCUCCUCUCUCUCCUCUCUCUCCCUGCGGCCUGCAAAGUGCUCUGGGUCGCUCUCUCCGCGUUCCCGUAGACGCUUCACCGUCGCCGCAUCGUGAACGGGCCUCCCGCCUCCCCCCCCGGCGCUGAUAACGACGAGGGUGGCUCGGUGUGGGGCGACCGAUGGAGCUUGGUGGAGUUCCGCUCGACGCACGGGUGAAGCAAGUGCCUUUGUACAGAAACCGCGUCUCUCCCACGGGGCGUGCUCAUCGCUAUGGCCGGCCGCGCGGCUUUCGCGGAGCGCGGCGGGUUCGCUCGCGUCCGCACGUGUGCGUAGGUGCCCGUGUACAUAACACGUGAAACGAGGAACGGUCCAAAAAGUUUUGAGAACGGCGUGUAUAUAUAUUUUUUACAAUUUUUACAGUCGCGCUUUUGAUUGCACUUGUUUUUCUAUGAUGGCGUCGCUAUGGUUACGAUUGCAUUGAGGAAAAUAUAUAUGUGUACACUUUGGCUUGAACCGUAAACGCUACCGUCGGAUCGCUGUGACUUUUUCGCGAAACUUUUUGGCUGUCCGUCUACUUCUUGUUUUUUUUUGCCUGUGGUUCGUUUUGGCCCAAUGAAUGUCGCUGUCGCUCACAACCGGCGGUCGGUUCGUCAAUUGCCCGGUCGGUCGGUCAGUUGGUCCGUCAAUUGCCCGCUAAGUCGGUCGGUCCAUCAAUUGCUCGGUCGGUCCCACCACUGGAUGUAGCUAUAAUGGCCACCUCGCUUUGCACAACGCGGCUCCAACCCGCUCACUAAACGCGUGUUCGCACGCCGCUGUAGCCGCGGCCGUAACCGCGGCUGUCCCUGUCGGGCUGUCCGAGCUGGGAACCCCCUCGUCGUGUUCCCGUCCCAUCUCCAUGUGCCUUACCUGGCGGCAAGACAACCCCCACCUGCUGUCGAAUCAAAAUAAACGGGGAGCGCACGACGUGCGUGCCGGCACCUACGGGAGUGGCGUCGUCUUCCCGCACGCCUACACCCACCCGCUCGCUUGCACUUCACUUCCUUAGGGCAGCGUGGAAACGCACUGGCGUUGAAUCGCGUUUCAACUUCUUUUUUUUUUCAACCGAUCCGAGGGGGCAGCAGCAGCAGCAUCAGCAGCAUCGUCAUUAUCGUCAGCAGCAAGCAGCAGCUGGCGCAGCGUGGGUGACGGCGACGCCGCCAACGUGGUGCGUGGAUGGCGUCGUCGGCGAUGCCGUUCAUCGGUUUGGACUUGGAAUCGCAGUUUUGGCGACUCUUUGAUCUUCCAUUCGUUGAAGGCGCACGCGUAACUCUCACGCCGUGCGCGAGCGCUUGCCUCCCCUCGCACGUUGGUUCUUUACCGAAAGAACCAAGAACAUGAGGGUCCUGUCAAGUCUUCUGUCAGUAGGGGUGCGAUGGUUGCUCUCUACGUCUAAGCCCACGCGAGUGAUUUGUGGGUAAUUUGACAAAUCUGGACCAUGAGGCCGGCACACAAUGGCCUCCCCUUGCGUAUGACGUCACGGGAUCUUUAGCGUUCACUGUGAAGCUGACGGCGCGUGGUAGCCGCAAGCUAAAUACGCCCCGCGGCGAGAACCGGGGCAGCCGCUGGAACCGAACCCCGAACGUGUGACCGCGAGGCCACGCCACCGCCGGUACACCGCCCCAUCUGCAUUUUGCAUUUGUCUAACCCUCCUGGACCUACCUGUACUCACCUGCACUCACCUGGACCCACCUGAACCAACCUGGACCCAUUCAAGCACUCGCCCGGACCCGGCCGCACCAUGGGUGCUCCUUGCCGAUGUUCCCAGCUCCGCCGCCGCCCGCCAGCCCCCGUACCUGCGCGCCAACCUGCGCGCCUACCUGCCUGCCUACCUGCGCGCCUACCUGCGCUUGCCGCCCGCACUAAUUUCACGCGGUGGACCCGUACGUAUUGACCUGUAUCGAGUUGACCCGAAUUCGCCACUAUUUUAUGCAAACGUCAUAAACGUGUUCGUUCCUCA